AUGCUCCGUGCCAAGCCGUUCGUGCUCGGCCUCGGGUGCCUCGCGCUCUUCGUCAUCGUCUUCAACACGCUCUCCGUCGUGCACUUGGCCCACCUCGAGCGCACGUUGCGGCAAGGGGACACGCCUCCCCGCUACACCCCGCGCAAACUUCAUUUUUUGACGCUCGCCGACGACCCGCGCCCCGCAAUCUGCCUCGUCGCCGCCGCCGUGCACGCGAUGGGCCAUCAGCUGCAGGUGCUGGCGUGGAAUCACUCGACGAAAUUCUUCGACAACACGUCGUGCGGGGCCCAGUGCGGGGCCAAUACCGCCAACGACUUUCGCGUCGGACAGCAGAAAAAGACCCACUGGCUGCACCACUACAUCGAGUCGCACCCGGAUUUGCACGACGACGACCUGCUUUUGUACACGGACGCCUAUGACGUGGUCGUACAAAUGCCAAUGGACGUGCUCACGCAGCGCUUCUUGCGCCAAACGAAAGGGCAGCGCGGCAUCCUCUUCAACGCCGAGCCCACCUGCGGCGACUCGUUCACCCUUGGCGGCGACUACGGCGACCAGCUGCGCGCCGCGUCCUUUGACGUGCGUUUAAACACGUCGUCAUCCGCGCGGUCCGUGCGCGGGUCCUACAUGUGCGACGAAAUCCGGGCUCGGUCCGUCGCGCAAAGUCAUGGCACAGGCCCGAAUCUGUUUCUUGGCUCGGGGGGCAUCCUCGGCGACGUUGCAAGCGUCCGCGCGUAUCUCCGCCGCGUCAAGCAAGUGCACAAGGCGCAGCAAGACGCCUACGAAGCUGGGACAAGUCCCUUCUUCUUUUACGGCGACCAAAUCUCGUUUCAGCUCGCGUACGUGCAAUUUCCCGAGCUCAACGCGCAGGUCGACCGUGACGGCGACAUCUUCUUUGUCGUGUCGUCGAGCGUUGCGCACGGGACGUUCGAGCACCUCACGCCCAACAGCGGGUGUUCGUCAGCGUACUAUGUCAACGGCAGCGGCAGCCGCUUGACGUGGAGUGGGUCGGCGCCGGUCUUUUUUCAUUUCCCCGGCGGCUUCAAGUUUAUGUACGCCUCCUGCGCGCGCGCUGUCACUGCGCACUUGGUGCACUCAGCCAAGCAACCACCGGUCAUGUACGACGUCGACCGUCAAGUGCCCAUUGCCAUUGCGUCCAUUUGCCCCGAAUAUGCACCUAGCACAUAG